AUGUCGGGGAUCGCCCUCAGCAGACUCGCCCAGGAGAGGAAAGCUUGGAGAAAAGACCACCCGUUUGGUUUUGUAGCUGUCCCAACAAAAAACCCCGACGGCACGAUGAACCUCAUGAACUGGGAGUGUGCCAUUCCAGGGAAGAAAGGGACCCCUUGGGAAGGAGGCUUGUUUAAACUACGCAUGCUCUUCAAAGAUGACUAUCCUUCCUCACCUCCGAAAUGCAAAUUUGAACCACCAUUAUUUCACCCGAACGUGUACCCUUCGGGCACUGUGUGCUUGUCCAUCCUCGAGGAAGACAAGGACUGGAGGCCAGCCAUCACAAUUAAGCAGAUCUUAUUAGGAAUACAGGAACUUCUAAAUGAACCAAAUAUUCAAGAUCCAGCUCAAGCAGAGGCCUACACAAUUUACUGCCAAAACAGAGUGGAAUAUGAGAAAAGGGUUCGAGCACAAGCCAAGAAGUUUGCACCCUCAUAA